AUGGCUUUUCUUCUUCGUAACCUAUCUCCUUCAGUCCUUCUUCAAACCGGAAAAUCCCAAAACCUUAAACCCAUUUUCAAUCAUUCUCAAUCGCCGUCGUCUUCUUCUUCGAUUAGCUACGAAUUUGAGGAAGAUAGUCUCUGUAAACUCUCUCUUUCCAGCGUCCAGUCUCCUCCUCUUCGAGAUGCGCAGGUGAAGACAAGACCCGCUGCGCAAGAUAAUCAUAACCACGACAGAGAUGAAUUCUAUAUCAAUCUCGGUGUCGCUGUCCGUACGCUUCGUGAAGAUUUGCCUUUGCUCUUCAACAGAGAUCUCAACUACGACAUCUACAGGGAUGAUGUAACAUUUGUGGAUCCGAUGAACACAUUCAGUGGGAUUGAGAACUACAAACUGAUCUUCUGGGCACUCAGAUUUCAUGGGAAGAUACUCUUCAGAGACAUCUCACUUGAGAUCUUCAGGGUGUGGCAACCAUCAGAGAACAUGAUUCUCAUCAGGUGGAACCUCAAGGGUGUGCCUAGAGUUCCAUGGGAAGCUAAAGGAGAGUUUCAAGGCACUUCUCGGUAUAAACUCGACCGUAAUGGCAAAAUCUAUGAGCAUAAAGUCGACAACUUGGCCUUCAAUUUCCCUCAUCAGCUCAAACCCGCAGCUUCGGUUCUGGAUUUGGUGACUGCUUCGCCUGCAAGUAGUCCCAAUCCAACCUUCUUUUUCGGUUCUGUUGACUCGUAUUCAUCUUCAUGGAUUGAUUUCUAUCAAGCGGUGAGACGUACAGUGGACCAGACAGAGGAUACGCUUGUCACAGACAGCUUAGUCACAUGCUCAUAG